AUGAUACCUCAUUCCUCUGGUGGCCAACCCUGGGGCCACCCUAUGCCAGCGCACAAUGGUGGCCCUACACGAGCUGAUAGAGCACCGCCUGUUCAGUAUGAUACCUCGUCGGCAUCGAAAUCGAAUCAUUCCCUUCAGCCGCCAUCACAAUCACAACAGAUUCGCCAACAGCCUACUGUGGUGGACUUGACCACUGGGCCCGAUUCUCAAGAACCUCCCCCGAAACGACCCAGAUUGGACAUAUCAGGUAGCUCCAAGAUGAGCGAGUCUGGUCCGAACAGUGGCGAAGCGAAAAGUACUCCGAGUAGUGCGGCCGCACGGCCUCCGAUGUUGUGGCGCGGCCGGCCGAUGUGGUCUUUCCAAGCUGUUAUGUCGGAUAUACCUAGUAGCGAGAAUAGAGGUGAUAAUGCGACGGGAUCAAGGUCUUUAUCACCACCUCCACUCCCAGUUCAGCCUUGGAAAAGUGCCUUACCCGAGCGAUUACAACCCGUGAGGACGAGAGAACCCUCUCCGGUCAAGCAGGUCCAGACCACUCCGUAUCGCAUCGAGGUUCCUUCAGCCGCACCAAUUAUCAAAGGUGAAAACGUUGCUGACUUCACACCUUGGACGGGCAGCCAACCAGAAGAUGUCUUGAACGAGCAGACAGCUAAGUUGGGAUAUUCUGAUCGCACACAGUAUGCUCAGAACGAGUCGAGUACCGCCCGCCCAGCACUUUACGCUCAACUCAAGCAUCGCACUGGACUGCAGAUGCUUUCAACUGUCUUUGCUGCGGCGCUGGAGAAGCGACAGACUCAUACUGUCAUUCGCGCACCCUCGACUUUUAAGCCGCCGCCACGUGUUACCCUGACCGAUAACAAACGCGAGGCCUGGCUGCGUGAUCUUGCCAACCCCACUGUACCGCUACGCCGCCUCAGUCGCACCAUUCCACAUGGCAUCAGAGGUAAAGUUCUACUAGAUCAAUGCCUUGGCAAAUGGAUUCCAGUGGCGCGUGCCGUCUGGCUAGCGAAGUGUGUCGGUGCCAAUGAGAUCCGCGCAUUCAAGCGCAAAGGAACCAAUGGAAAUUUGGCUGUUGGACUGGAGGUGAAAUGGGUGCGAGACUGGACAAACAAUGUCCAACAGUUUGUAGAGGGUGUGCUAAGUGGCCCCAAGUCGUCAGACUGGAAAGCCAAAAUGUCUUAUGCUGUCGGAUUGACUGCGCGCUUGUUCUUCGAUAAUCUUCUUGACCACGAUCAUUACCUCGAAUGGUUUAUGUCGUCCUUCGAUUCGGCGUCCAUCGCCACUGUUCCUGUUUGGUUGUUAAUGCUUGGGAUAUACUGGAAUAAUAUUAUGCGCUAUCGACGACGAGGACGUCGGCUGGCUGAGCUGCUGCUUGAAAAACUGCGCCAGGCUACUGGGGCAAAAUUAGAGGCUUUACAACCAUUGAUUGAACGACUGUCUCGCUUCGUGCGAAAAUUAAUCCAAGAAAACACCUCUUCGGUGAUUUUACCUAAUUCAUGGGGCAUAUACAAAUCUCAGGUAUCGUCAUGUCUUGAUCUCACAGACAAAGCGCAUCGUGCUUUGUUUCAGACCCUUGCGGAACGUAAUGCGCGAGUUCAGCGUCCCCGACAAUCCAAACAGAUGAACCAACGUUCUCCUCAUCAACGAAUCAUCCGUCUUCUCGACUCUAUUCAUUCCGCACAAGACCUUUCGUCCAUUUCAUCUUCUUGUUUAGAAGCCAUUGAGGAUCGAAAUGUUUUGGUAUCAAAGUUGCUGGAGUGGAUUGCCACUCCCUUCCGCCACGGUAUCUGCCGUGUAUACGCUGGAGUUCGACUAUUACGAAAGUGGAAAGCCUCCGGCAUCGAUACAGACGAUCACCUUAUGCGCUUCCUCACCCGCGCCAAUCAUAGCAAAAAGCUCAACAUGGACAAUAUCUAUCACGUCAUCUCUGAGCUUGUCAGGUCACAGACUUUCUCGGUUGGGCGAUACCUUCAGUGGUUGAUGGCCAAAGGUGUUACAAGUCGUUCUCCAGAAGAACAACAUACGGCUCCCGAUCUCGCUGGUGAUGUUGGCUUGAUAGCACAAUUACCAACUGGUCGUCUCCCAGAACAUGUACGCAACCUGCGCCGCACAUUAUUGACACGAACUGGACUCGCUGCUCAGGAUGAGGUCGCUAUUAUUGCCAGCGUCAAGGAGUCGAUUAGUUGCCGUCUGCCACAAAUAUUUGGUGUGAAAUUUCAUAUGGAAAUCUGUGAUGUCUUGCCAGGGAAUUUGACAUGGGCUGUUAAAGCCGAGAUUGGCCAAUGGCUGCGGCGUGGUGUAGCUGAAUAUACUCGCGAUAUCACCAGCUCAGUUCUUCGUGCCACCAUCCCUAGCGAGGUCUCUCCCUUCAUCUCUGCGCUCACACCGGAUGAGUUCUAUUCGAUCCGGGACAUUCUGGAGACUUUUGGUGAUAUUUCUAUAUUGGCAGAUGUGCUGAUGUCUGCUGCGGGCUCUGACGACAGCAUUGUCCUUGCAUCUGUUGCCGAUACUACCAACUGUCACUUCGAUUCUCUGAGUGUGAUUGGUGCCAGUACGGAUCUUUUCCGGAAAUUGGUGGAUGCGUAUGCUGGGAUGAGACGGUUUGCCACGCCAAGUCUUGAUUUGAUCUUUUCACUGAUAGAGCUUGGCUUGCGAAUUCCUAGUGAACUCAACGCAGUUAUUAUUCUCCGUCAGGAUCUUUCUCGCAUGGAGAACAAGGCUGCCUUGGCUGCAUCAUCUCCUGUUUCUGAUCACAUUCCCGACUACUUUGGCGACGAAGAUCCACUAUUCCGUGAGAAGUUGGAUCAGGUUCUUCUGUCUGGGAAUGUCAUGGAUGAAGCUACUCUUGAUACAAUCUUCAACACAUUGACCAAGCAUCUAGAGUCUGAAGUCAGUAAGGUACAUAUGUCCCUCAAUGACACCUGCAGGUACUUAGCACAGUUACGGUCCUUCCGGCCGAAGCAUUUCGAUAGAAUUUUGGCUCGUUGGGUCUGUGAACACCUGCGCUCCCCAGAUCGUGUAGCCUUGUUCCGUGCCCUUCCAUCACUGAUCGGAGUCGGGUGUGUUACAAUCAAGUCUUUUUUGUCUCUUGUGAAAAGGCUUAGCUGUUCUUCGACCGCAAUUUCAAACGUGACGAGCCUGCCGGAAGACCUCGUGGAGCUUCUUGUCUCCCGUCCACGAGAGACCAAGUAUCUUGACCUGGUUUCUUAUCGCUUCAAAUUGGCGCAGCAGGAGUUUCUAGCCAAGAACUUUGACGAUAUCUUUGAGAUAAUCUGUGACGCUGCAAAAUCACUCGACUCAGACGACUCAAAGACUUCAGCCAAACAUCUCAAGUUGGAAAAUUCAAUAGUAAUCUUGCUACGUGAACUUAUUGUGAGAAAUCCUGAAUGCCCGCAUAAUCAAUGCAUGCGAAGGCUCGUCGAUCAAUAUCCUGCUGCCAUGGGUGGUCUUCAGAAAGCUCUUGACCUUUUGCUUGGUGUCGAUUCUUUCAAAUCUAGUAACUCCGUUAUCUCAGAAGUUGAGAAACUUGCCAGCACGACUGACGACUUUUCCCUGCCAUUUUGUCAAUUGAAGUUGCAAGCCCUUUUCCAUGGGGACUCUGUGGGCGAAGACCAGAACAGCCUCGUCGAUGCAAUGUUCAAAACAGUUGUCGCAGAUUCUCGCGCUGGGAAGCUCCACUGGGUUGAUCUUGUUGCACUCAUGAGCCCGGCUGCAGUGUGCCAGAUCCGUGAACGUGCCGAGAAUGCAUUCUUCGCCAUUCCACUCCUAGAGGUGCAGACCAAUACUUCUUCAAACGCUCCACAAAAUAUGGGGUCUCUGGAGACAGCAAAGCUGUAUCUCACUAUCAUCGAGGAAUUCGAUAACACCAUUCCCGACUCUGGAAGUCCAGCAGUUGCCUCAAUCCUAGUGGAGAAAAUGGAAUCCCUCCUUCAGAAGAUCAUCGCUUUACCACCCGGCUUCGGUAAACGCGGUGCCAAAUCCGAAUCUCCUGCUAGCCAGGUGCGGCCCGACUUCGAGAGAUCUCUUGCCUUCUGGUUCUCGGCACUGUUGAGGAUGGUCAUCAUACACCGUGCUUCUUUCAUGCAGCCGCCUCCUUCAUCUAAGACUAACGCCUUGCAUGAGCAGGCACGUCUUUUGAUUUCCAUAUUUUGCAUUGCACUCUCCCGUCUUCCUGGUGAUGUCCUCCGACUCUUCCCGGGGGCUGAUUAUUUUCCCCAUCCUUGUGCUUCCGUGGAUUAUCGACCUUGCCCCGGGAUCUUGUUACAAACUCACGCGCUGGAUGUCGCCGCUUCAUUGAUAGAUGUGUUCCCCGAUGAGAUUCGCCACCAGUGUUCCAGAUUCCUGAAGGAGAAAUGCCCACAGUUCGCCCCUCUUCAGAAUGAUGCUCGGUUCCUGUAUCUCCUCGGUCCACUAGGAGACUUUUCCACUAGCAUACCAGCUUCAAUCUCUUCUCCAGCCGGGUCAACUUCUACUCCUACUUCGAUGAAUGCCAAUUUCCCUGGCAGUAAUGUUGCUGCUCAACAGGCAACUGUAUCAUCGACAUCAAUCGUUAGUUCGAUCGAAGGCUCGAACUCCUUGUCAAACCGACUCCGCAUUCAACAACGCGGUCGGACUAUUGGUUCAUACCCACUCCGCCCUUGGGAGUUGUUAGCAGACGCUGCACCCUUUGUUGGAAUAAAUGACACGGCUGUUAAUCUAGGUUACUUCGAUGCCAGGCGCGUCCGAGUCUGA